UUAACAUGAGGGACGAUUCGUUUCGGUUAGUAUCUUUCUCAUGCUACGGUCAGAUGGCAACACAGAACAGAUCUCGAAGAUAUAUUGAAGUUACCCCCAUCCGAGCUCGCCAGUCGCCAUAGAACUCGGAAAUCUGCUCGAAAUACUCGAUGAACUUCGGGUAUUUUAGCGUCUCUGUCGUUUCGUACGAUGCCCGCCUGGCAUGACAGACGACAGAUGGCUCAAAGCUACUUUAUUAAACCUAUUUCCACUUCCACCGCCUGAUCACAAGAUCAUGAUAGAAUAGCAUCAUUCAACCGAGCCAUCAUUUACCGUCAAAAUGAGCGUCGGCACUGCAGGCGUCGCCGAGCUGUUCCAUCUACUCGAAUCUAACAAGCUCGGAGAGGUUGAGGAGAUCAAGAAAGUAUUUCACGAUCAUUUCUUAUCCACAAAGGAUAACUGGUUAGUAAAUGGAUUAUUUGAUUAUUACCUUUCCACUAAUUCCCUGAGGACUGUUGAAGUAUUGGCAGGAGUUCGUGACCCACACGACAAACAUCUAUUGGAUCGUUUAUCAGAUACUAUUUCAAAAACUGGCAAUUGUGGACAGAGAAUACAAGCACUUACAUUGCUUGGCCAUAUAGCUCGACGUCAACCUACUUGGUUGUAUAAGCUAGCCAAUCAUGCUUUAUUCAGAGAUCUACUCAAAUUACUUAAGGUGGAGGCAGAUAUAUUACCACUUUUGAGUGCCCUUCUUCUGUUAGUAAUGUUGUUACCAAUGUUACCUGCUGCUUUAGGGCCAUAUCUACCAGAAAUAUUCGAGGUAUUUGGCCGACUGGCCUCUUAUUAUCAUCAUCAAUCGUCCUUACUUUCUUCCUCUACUCUUUUUACUUCGACUACAGUACCAAACGUCAUCGAUAAGGAGCGGUUGUACCUCAUACAUUUGCAGGUAGGAUUAUACAGCUUAUUUCAUAGACUGUACGCCAUGUAUCCAUGCAAUUUUAUAUCAUAUCUGAAGCAACAGUACACUCAGCGUGAUCAAUUGGCUACGUUUACUCAUACUAUUAGACCCAUGCUGGAUUCUGUGCGUAUGCAUCCCUUACUCGUUACUGCGUCUAAAGAUACAGAAAUUUCAGCCAAUAGGUGGAAGAAAAUGGAGCAUCAUGAUAUCAUGGCAGAAUGUGGUCGUUUUACAUUAGAUAGAUGUCGAGAGGAAAUAUUAGGCAUAGUUAAUUCUCGGUGUACUCCACCUCCAGAUCAGUCUUUCACCUGUACACCGGUCAAUAUUUGGGGAGGUGUGACGACUACAGAGAUUAGUAAUGGAGAAGAUGAUACAUUCUGGUCACCGAGUAUGGCGAUGCCGCCCCAUAGCCCACCAUUUCCGAAUGCAUCACACGAGCAGCGAUCUGCCCCGCCGACGCCUAAUAACACUAGGAGCGGCACCUCGCCGCCCGAGGCUGCUAUCGAAGCUACUCCCGAGACGACUCCCGUCAAGGAUCUACGAAAAAUAUCAACGAGGCAAGUCCCCUUGGGAUCUAGCGCGGUGCGUGCUCUAAAUGCAUUGGGCAAUGGUACAACAGGUACAUCCUCCCGGCCAUCAACACCCACUCCUAUAAACUCUUCCGUGUCGAUUUCUGGCUCUGCAGCAAGAAGCGGGGAUAUUGCAAUAAAUGCACCUGGGUUUCUUUCGCAUAAACUAAACAAAAUCAUGGCGGAUAGGCAAAGUGCUCUUCGUCAGUCGCAAAAGAUAUUGGCUAACAAUGAAGAGGACGCGAGACUUUUAGAAAUGGAUAUAAGUCAGAAUGGAAAGAACGAUUCUUGGCAAGAAGAUCAAGAGGUACUGGAAAUUGUCAGUUCACACGGUAGCGGAGCAGUCGAAAUGCCAAAAUUCGUUGAACCACUGUCAGAAGCGCGAAAUGAGAAGAAUGUGUGUGGUGCUUUAGCGGAUCUAUCGCAAAAGGUCUAUCAAUUUCGAUUUUAUUCUCAGUGCUACUUUCCAAUGCAGCAGUCAAAUUUGAGUGUAACGCAUAAGAUUCGGCAAACCAGGUCUUGCCCGGAGAUGACAGUUCAAAGCAAACUUAAUAGCGAGGACGUAGCAAAUCAAAUCAAAUUAAUCGAUACGAGCACCCAAACAGGCGAUCUGUUUCCAUAUGAGUGUCUGUUUAUGGGAAUAUUUGAUCAAAGCAGUCAAAAUUCUGUUCAAGAAAAUUCCGACUCAAGACUGUCGCCAGUCAGCAUGCUGGAUCGAUAUAUCGAGGCCUGCACAAGAGUCAAUAAUUUCUUUAGCAACAACGGCAAAAUGAGAAUAAGCGAUACUAAGCAAAGGCAAAAAAAGAAAGGAGAAGAAGAGACGGACGAGGACGGAGGAGAGGAUGAUGGUAUAGAUCCAACUUAUGCUAAUCAGUUGCUUCAACUUAUGCAAAUGCAGUUGCAGUUUGAGCGACAACGACGAGAAGUUCAUGCCGAGCGUAAUCGGCGACUUCUUGGUAAAUUAAGAGAUUCGCGAGCUUCGGAGGAACAUAAUCUUGCUUUGACUGAUCGUCUGAAAAUGUUAGAAAAAGAAGUGGAGGAAUUGAAAGCACAAUUGGAACGUAAUAAAAAAGAAGCGCAUCAAGCUGAAGAAAAAUACAAAGAAGCCACGAAUCAUUGGCAAACUAAAUGUCUUGAAGAACAACGACAGAGUCACGCAUUCAAAGACCGUUUAGAGUGUUUAGAACUGGAAUUAAAGAGCGAGCACAAAAAGGCAGCCGAAAUACAGCAACAGCUUCGUUCUACAGAAGCGGAACUUUUCACUGCAGGGCACCAACUCAAAGCGGCGUUAAAAGCUGCGGACCGCGGUAAAGAGCAAGAACGCGUUUUGGAUAUUGUACAGAAGAGAUUCCUUCUUCUAGGAGAGGCGCAAUUAAAGCUGAAAGAAACUACAGACAGUUAUUCACCGACGAUUAAACAAGAAAUGACGCAAAUUCAAAAGUCAUACACGGAAGAAUUAAACAAUAUCCGCCGACAAUUGGAAUCGCGAACAUCUCAUGUGGAAGCAUUGAAAGUGCGUCUGGGAGAGUUGGAAAAUAAGGAGGCGCGUAAGGAAACACAACUCGUAGAUUUGCAGCGACUCUUGCGAGAAACGAAGGAACAGCACGCGUCCGAAUUAGAAGCCGUUGAUUCGAAAUACAGAGCCCAACUGGAGAUUAAUUUGCUUCUGGAGGGCCGUAUUCUCGAGCUUCACGGUAGGCUAGAGGCCGCAACGUGCUCGCCCAUGGCUAAUCCCGCUUCCUCGGCGUCACCCAAAGAACGAUCUCCACCUUUGUCGACCAGUUUAGCCUCGUCCAGUGAGGGUAGCCUUGCGUUUAUGCAUUCGGGCGCUGGGAUUAUCAUGAACGACUGUUGUGACGCCGCAGGCGAGAUUUCCAAUUUGCAAGCCAUGAUAGAGCCUGUACCGAGUCAGGUUGCCUCACCGUCACGUUCCACUCAACGACAGACGUCGAAACAAGACUAACAAUAUACGGAAACGUUCGCUGCACGAGCCUCUUCUCGCAACACGAUCGGCGGCUACGCGCGAACGCGAUCGUUACAUUUAGUGUUGCGGCAUAAAAGCGAGAGAAAGUUUGUAGCUUUUUAUUGAUAGAAUAGACGAGAUUCGUAAGAAAGUUGCUAUCGACUGAUUGCGAUCGAACAGGCAUGCUAAUCAACGUGUUUGUUAGUAUGGUAUAUCUUCGUUCAUUGGAAAUGGAGUUCACAAUGAAUAAAUGGUUGAGAUAUUUUGUGAGCAA